AUGUCUUCUGAAGCAAAUGCCUGGAGCCCACCCGCGGAGGGCUCUCCAUGUUGGGUUGAGAUUCCUGCCCGCGACAUUGAGAAGCUCAAAACGUUCUACAGUAACCUGUUCCCUACGUGGACAUGGACAUCCGGCCCCGCAGACCCUGGCCAUCAGGUGGCUACAUUCCAAUUCAAGGAUCCCAAAGGUGAGGGAAAAAGCAUUCAUUCGGGCCUCGCCAUAGCUGUGAAUAAUUCCUUGACCGAUCGCCUGCUUUUAGGACUGGGCGGCGGCCUUGUCAAGAUGCCCGACAGUUGCGGACCGAGCGCGACCCACAUCUUGGGCUCGGGCGUCACCGUCUAUCACAUGGUCGAAUCCCUUGAAAAGGCAAGAUAA